GCUCAGUGUAGACCAAUGGGCAGAGGUGCAGAGGCACUGUACGAAAACGGGGAUAAUGGCUAGAUUCAUACCUGUCUGAGGAGCAUACACGUGCAGACAGCAUAGUCGAGCAUGAGUGAUGCGAGGGUUAAGUACGACACUGACGGAUGUGCCGAUGUUGGGAGUUACGCCGCGGGAGGAGUGAAUGCAUUGCUACGUAUCCCUUGAGUUCUUCACCUCAGUUCGAAAAGGAAUGGCGUAGGUGUCGUACUUGACACGUCGCCUUUCAUUUUGCUAUUCCUUCUCCACAUAUAUCAGCGCAAGGCGAUGAAUCUACUCCUGUGCAAAGCCCACCAUUUCCUCUCGACGCACAGCAAGCACCCCCGCGGCCCUGUUCUGUGACCUCUACACCAGUGCUGAGGCACCGUCCAAACAUCACAUCGCAAGAUGCUCUUCAAGCUCUCUUCAGCCCUGCUGUUAGCGUCCAGCCUGGCCGUCGCCACGCCGACGCCGUCUACUCCUUUUGCUGAAGAUGUUUACCUGGAGGACCCACACGUCCUGUUUUCACGUCAAGCCGGAGCUGUCCGUCCCAAUGCAACUAUCGACAUCAGUCCUGCGUUCCCGACGGAUAUCGGUUACUCUGGAACCAUCAAGUAUGGAGCCGCGCCCUUCCUCGCGCAGAACAACCGCUUGAACUCGACGAAGCCCAACCUCGGGGCGGCGACAAAAGCGGAUGAGUACACGCCAGCAAACUCCAAGGGCAGUGACUUUAACAUGGCCAGGUACUGGGGAAAUACGUCUCCUUGGUUCCCAUCGCCCCUGUUCUCCGAGGCUCAGAAGAACCGUCAGCUAGACCCAACUUGCAAGAUCACAAACGUGCAUAUUCUUCACCGUCACGGUGCACGCUACCCUACGAGCUACUCAACCGAAGGCGCCCCGUACUUUGGCGUCCUCGCCACCAACGCCUCCACCGCCGCUGCCACUGGCGGUGCUGCAUUCACCAACACUGGUCCUCUUGCUUUCCUUUCCAACUACACGUACCAGCUGGGCGCUGAGAUCCUCACUCCCGUCGGCGCUCAGCAAGUAUUCGACAGCGGUAUCAAAGCGUACUAUUCAUACGGCUCCUUGUACAAUUCAACCGCAGGCGGUAAUGGCACAGCUCCUCGCAAACCUGUCAUCCGUACCACCAGCCAGGAGCGCAUGCUUGACUCGGCUCGCUACUGGACGGCUGGCUUCUUUGGUCUUGACGCGCCGUCACUGAUCGAUCUACUCGUCAUUCUCGAAGGUGACGGUUUCAACAACACUCUUGCCAGCUACGAUACUUGCAACAACAGCAACGUAGGCGCACUCGCCGUUGGUGACACCUAUUUGACGCCUCAGUGGGAAGCCACCUACCUUAAAGGCACGGUUGAGCGUCUGCAACAGUACACCAGCCUGAACUUGACGACAGAAAUGGUCUACGGAAUGCAAUCUCUCUGCGCAUACGAGACGAAUGCUCUAGGCUACUCGCCCUUCUGCGAACUCUUUACCGAGGACGAAUGGCGUGGCUUUGAGUACUUCCUCGAUCUGCAGUUCCAGGGAGACUACGGCAGCAUGAGCCCCUCGGGCCGCGCGCAAGGUAUCGGCUACGUGCAGGAGUUCCUCGCGCGUCUGACCAACGGUACCAUCCCCGCAGAUCAGAUCACGACGCAGAACAGCACUCUCCUCACACCGGAGUACUUCCCGACCGACCAGCCAAUGUAUGUCGACUUUACGCACGACGACAUCAUCCUCUCCGUCCUCGUCGCGCUCAACUACACCCAUGUGGUCGGCGAAUACUUGAGCGCAACCACGAUGGAUGACAACAGGACCUUUGUCCUGUCCCACAUCACUCCCUUCGCCGCCCGUCUCAUUUUCGAGGUCGCCGAGUGCGGCUCAACGGAGGGCGGCAACAGCACGCAGAUUAUUCGCACCAUCCUGAACGACGCCUUGAUUCCGAUGAACGAGGCGCAAGGCUGCACACCCCGCUCCGAUGGCAGCUGCCUUUUGUCGGAGUUCGUCCAGUUCCAGCAGGCAACUGCUUACAAGGCGGCUAACUUCGACUUCGCCUGCUUUGGCAACUACACGCUCACGGGUCCGACCGUGACUAACGGCACCAUCGCCUAGUUUCAUGGUGACCUAGCGCUAAAGCUCUUUCAACUCCCUUUCGACUUUCGCGCCCAAUUGUUAUUUUGAUCGCCCUGGAUAGUAGCUGCUGAUCACUUCAUUGCCCGCUUCUGCUUAACAUACUCUUCAGGCCCACCGCGCGAUAGACGGCCUGUAAUGCAUAUUGCCAUCCACAAAAGACAACAGGCGCCUCCUGGCCCUUUUCAUAUUUUGUAUCCUCUAUUUCGUUCGUUUACAUCAAGCCAAAUACCCCUUCGCGAGAGCGAUUUCUGCGUUCAUGACCGAACUCGUAGCGGCGCCGAUCAUAACAUUGUUGGACAACGCCACAAA